GCCGAGUCAAGGCUGUGCAGAAGCAACAAGUGUGAUGUGGUAACGUUUAACAUGUAUUUUCUCAGCUAUGUAAACAACACAUCUGUAUCUUGAUCCGGACUGACCAGAAGAAAGAAACCUGUUGUGGCAAUACUCUCUGUAAUCAAAACGAUUCCAACAUGGAAACAGUAAAUAUAUCACGGUCUAUAUUAAUAUGCAAUGUCUUCCAGUUCUUCUUUGCAUCAUCCAAAGCCUGCCUUUUACCGUUUUUGACUCUGUUCUUCCGUUUGAUGGGACUCAAUGCCGUGGAGACAGGAAUUAUCAUAGCUGCCAAAACACUUACGGGAUUUGUGUGGGCUCCCAUUUGGGCUCGUUGUGCAAUAGCUUACAAUAAACGAAGAAUUGUAUUGAUAUUUUCUCUGAUGGUCAUGGCAGCGACCUAUUUUACCAUGACUAUCGUUUACAGUCAUGUUUCAAACAAUCAGUUUUCUUGCAACAAAAGUUUUCACAGUGGAGACGGUGUGUUAGGUACUACAGUAAAUAAGUCUGGUGGAAACAAUAGUUAUGGCACAAACAGUGUCACAAUGUCUAGUAAAAUCCAACCUACCGGUACCUUUAUCACCAUGCCAGUGACUAACGAAACCAUUUACAAUACUGCACAAGCAGUAAGUAACAUAUCAAAAUUAUCUACAACUUCCAUUCCUACAAGCUCGCUAAUGCCAACAAGUCCUUUUCAACAAUCAAAGCUUAAAAAGUUAUUUUCGAUUGUUUCUCAACUUAAUUUAUCUAGGGAAGAUAAGCAGGAGAUAUUGAAAAGCUUUCAGUCUUAUAAAGAAGGCAAAAUGAGUUUAAAAGACGUGAUAAACAUGGUUGGUCGAUUCCUUCCUAAAAGCAGGCUGCACACCAGAGACAUCAGUGGAAUUUGGAAUGACUUACAAACAGGGCUAAAUGAAGAAGAAGAAGACCAUCUAAAACGUUCUGAGAUGAACUCACUUCAGAAGCGAUUCUACCUGGGUUCGUGGUCGGACGUCAAGGACCGGGUGAAGAAGCUGAUGAACGGACUGAAGGAGAAGGAACUGGAACUGUUUCUCAUUGUCCUGCUGCUCGUGGUCCUUGGGGAAUUCCUCAGUUGUCCCGUGGAGAAGGUCGCCGAUGACGCGUGGUUCGACUUCUUGGACCGCAUUGACGACCUAGAGAAAUACGGCAAACAGAGGCUGUCGGGAUCCAUGGCCUUCAUCCUGAUUCCAGUCAUCAUAACCCUGGUGGUGGACUACACUGACUGCAUUCUGCCAUACAACAUCCACCACUUCUUGAUCCACAUCUACCUGUUUAUUGCCUUUAUCGUUGUCACCAUGAUCGUGGCCAUCUUCUACCCUAUUCCCAGCGUGGACAAGCAGAAGUAUUCCAGCAAGUUUGGCCAGGGCAUGAGGAUCGUCUGCUGCGACUGCAGUAGUGUUCUCUAUGUCCUCACUCUCCUGCUGCUGGGAAUGGUGUACGCAUCUUUCAACAACUUCCUCUUCUGGUUGAUCCAAGAUCUGGGCGGGAAGGAGGUCACGAUGGGUCUGUGCGUGACGAUCGCAACGUUGGCGGAAAUCCCCAUGCUUCUCUUCAGCGGGAAGAUGAUCAGGAAGCUGGGCAAUGCUGGUGUCAUCUCCAUCUCUCUGGUGGCCAUGGCUCUGCGCAUGCUCUACUACUCCUUCCUGUGGAACCCGUGGGUGGUGAUUCCCAUUGAGCUGAUGCAUGCGUUCACUCACACGGCUAUGUGGUAUGCUGUCCUCAGCUUCGACGAUUACAACGUGGGACCUGCUGUCGACCGAAGCAUCCGUUCCAUAUUGUCAUCCAUUUACUUUGGCAUCGGCUUUUCGGUGGGUAGUGUCGUUUCGGGGGUUGUUUGGCACAUCUUUGGUAGCUCCGUUCUGUACUGGUCAGCCAGUGUCCUGUGUGCUGUUUGGAGCUUUCUGUUUUUCGUCAUCCAGAAGUGUCUUCCGAAGAAAGAAAGAAUAAGAUACAUCCGGCUUCUUCCUGGCGAAGAUGGAAUGGACUCUGGUGGUGAUGAUGAAGACUGGCUGGAGAUGGCGCUGAAAGAACAGUAGUGUUAAAAGAACAGUAGCGUCAGUACAUGACUGUGUGAAGCUCGUCUUUUAUUUCCAUGUUGGAUGCAUGAUGAACUCUGUUUAAGCAGCGUUCUCAUUACGCUAUUUGUCACUCGGACUUGUUUGCAUGCAAUUCAUCGUAGCAACUCGAAUCGUGUGUGUAUAAGACUAAUGUCGUACCAGUUUAGAUGGUCUCUCACAGUACGAUUUGAUCGAUGUGACAAGUCGUUGCAACUAAUUGCAUAAUGAGAACGCCCCUUUACAAACUUUUGAAGUCUGGUUAAGUUUAAAAAAACUCGUACACUGGCUUGAAUGUCUAGCUUUCCUUUUAAUAACAGUGCUUGUAUGACUGAAUACUACACAGAGUUUAUUUAAUAGGUUUCAAUGUAUACACAUCAAGUGGCAUAGCUAGGUUUUGAGGAGCACAAAGUACUGGGUACUGUGUUGUAUUAGAUGGCACCAACGUAGUAAAAAUAAGUUUCUUUAAAGGGACAGACCCUAGUUUCAACCCGUAAAUAUUAACACUAAGUUUA